AUGGCGGAAUCACCCAACUUUCAGUUGGGGCGGGAAUCACAACCAGGGAGGCCAAGUACCUCAUCUUUGGAAACAUUAUUGAAACACUAUAUUGAGAAGAAUGAGGCAACUAAGCAAUCACAAGCAUCCUCCCUUAGAAAUUUGGAGGAGCAGAUUGAACAGCUUGCGAUCGAACUUAAGAAUAAAGUGCUUGGUAUGCUGCCUAGCAACUCGGGAGCAUCGGGGCCAUGUGGUAAAGAGAAAUGUCAAGCAGUGACAUUGAGAAGUGGCAAGACAACAGUCCCCAUGCCACCAGUACCGGAUUCCGUAAUAAGACCAAUAGACUUAACUAUGAACGAUGACCAUUCAACCGUAAAUGAAAGAAUUACUAAAUCAGAGGAAAGUACAUCUACAAAGGAUGAAUCUCAACAAGACUUAAAUUCAAAAUCACCGCAACCUCUAGCUCCUAAAACACAGCAAGCACAGGACCUCAAUGAACAGCCAAUUAAACAGGAAGUACGGCGGGAUUCUCCACCUUUCCUAUCCAGGCUGAGGAAGAAAGAUGACAGCAAACAAUUCCAGAGGUUCCUGGAUGUUCUUCGACAACUACAGAUCAACAUUCCCUUAAUAGAAGCUUUGGAACAGAUGCCAAGCUAUGUGAAAUUCCUCAAGGACAUACUUGCCAACAAGAGGAAGAUCGGGAAAAAUGAAAUGGUCGCAUUAACAUAUGAGUGCAGUGCGUUGUUUCAAAACAACAUCCCUACUAAAAUGAAAGAUCCUGGGAGUUUCACAUUGGCAUGCUCGAUAGGGGGAAAAGAAGUCGAAAAUUCCCUGUGUGACUUGGGGGCAAGUAUAAACCUAAUGCCCUUGUCAAUCUUCAAAAAGCUAAAUAUCGGCAAUACAAGACCAACCACAAAUACAUUGCAGUUGGCCGAUAGAUCAAUAACGCAUCCCGAGGGUAAAAUAGAGGAUGUACUUGUGCAAGUAGAUAAGUUCAUCUUCCCUACUGACUUUAUCAUAUUAGACUAUGAAGCUGAUGUUGGGGUGCCUAUCAUCUUGGGUCACUCAUUUCUUGCAACAAGGCGAGCACUGAUCGAUGUACAAAAAGGAGAACUCACCAUCAGGGUUGACGAUCAAUAA